UUGGUGUGUUGAAUGCGCACCAGCAGAAGGCGUGGUCAGGAAGUGACGCCAUCGUCGCCACUCCGGUGACUUGGAGGUUAUUAGUUUUUGUUGUUUUCAGAGUGAAACUUUCGUCCCGGACAGUGGAGCUCAUCAUGGGCACCGUCCAUGCCAGGAGCCUUGAUCCUCUGCCCAUGCAGGGGCCAGAGUUGGGAAUUCAAGCCGAUGACAUUGAAGCUCCAGAGGUUGAACAGGAGCCAAAGCAGGAAGUUCUUGAAAACAAAAAUGUUGUGGUUCAGCGAGUGCACAUAGAUGGACUUGGACGGACUAAGGAGGACUUGUUGACCUAUGAAAUUGCAGAAGUGUUCAGAGCAAAUAACUUGAUUGAUGUGAUGAGAAAGUCCCAUGAGGCCCGACAAAAGCUGCUGCGUCUCGGUAUCUUCAGAAAGGUUGAAGUCAAUAUUGACACCUCACGAGGUGAAGAUGCUCUUCCUAACGGUCUUGACGUGACCUUUGAGGUUACUGAGCUAAGACGUAUGACGGGCAGCUACAACACUAUGGUUGGAAACAAUGAAGGGAGCAUGGUUCUCGGCCUGAGGCUUCCUAAUGUAUUUGGUCGGGCAGAAAAACUGACAUUCCAGUUCUCCUAUGGCACCAAAGAGACAUCCUACGGCCUGUCUUUCUUUAAACCUCAGCCAGGACACUUUGAACGCAAUGUGUCCUUCAACAUGUAUAAAGUAACAGGUCAGUUUCCAUGGAGCUCACUGAGAGAGACUGAUCGAGGUGUCUCAGCUGAACUGAGCUUUCCCAUGUGGAAGACCAACCAGACCCUGAAGUGGGAAGGAGUUUGGAGAGAGCUGGGCUGUCUGGGUCAAAAUGCCUCUUUUGCCAUUCGUAAUGAGAGCGGUCAUUCCCUCAAGUCUUCCCUUUCACACGCUAUGGUCGUUGACACCAGAAACUCCUCCAUCCUUCCCAGGAAAGGUGGACUACUUAAGAUUCAUCAGGAACUUGCUGGUUACACUGGGGGUGAUGCCAGAUUCCUGAAGGAGGACUUUGAGAUCCAACUUAACAAAACUCUCUACUGGGACUCUGUUCUUUCUGCAUCACUUUGGGGUGGCCUGCUUUUGCCUUUUGGUGACGCGCCAACUUGCAUAGCAGACAGGUUCUACCUUGGUGGGCCCACCAGUAUCAGAGGAUUCAGUAUGUAUAGUAUGGGACCACAGAGUGAUGGAGAUUACCUGGGAGGUGAGGCUUACUGGGCUGGAGGCCUCCACCUCUACACACCUUUACCCUUCAGACCAGGCAGGGGAGGCUUUGGCGACCUCUUCAGAACCCACUUCUUCCUCAAUGCUGGAAAUCUUUGUAAUCUCCACUAUGGUGAGGGGCCUCAAGCACAUUUGAAGAAACUUGCAGAAUGCAUCCGUUGGUCUUAUGGACUAGGCAUUGUACUGCGUUUAGGGAACAUUGCCAGAUUGGAGCUGAAUUACUGCAUACCCAUGGGAGUCCAGAGUGGAGACAGGAUAUGUGAUGGGAUCCAGUUUGGAGCGGGAAUCAGAUUCUUGUGACGCCAUGUUUUUCCAUUUUAUUGGAAAGGGGAAUUUGCUUGUACAGAAUUAUUAAAAGAAAUUAAUUAAAGUACAAUGUUUUUCUCUUGA